AUGGUCUAUACAUUAACUGUUCACCUCUACGCUAACGAUCACCCCGACUCUAUCGAUCGCAUCAAAGCAAAGCUCGUCGAAGCUGCACGAAUUUACCGUCAGGACAAGGAGACAAUCGACUGGCUAGUGAUGCAGGAUGUUCACGAUCCGCGGGCGUUCACCAUAGUAGAGCGGUUCGCAAAUGAAGGGAGUCAGAAAUAUCAUCUUGAAAACCCAUAUUGGAAGACGUUCGACCCCUACGUUGUCCCACUCCUUGAUCGACCUAUGGAUCUUCGCCGACAUGAGGAAUUGGACACUAGCAAGGACGUUGAAGUACCAGCCUAA